GAGGAAAUACCGAAAGAGGUUAGGUUAGGGAGGAGGUGUAUACUGGUGUGAACCAUGUCGAAUUAUUUGUGACAAGUGAAGGAAUUUGAUGAGAACGUAACAUGACAAAAGCAUAUAAUUCGUAUUGUUGAUAAUAAUAAGAUACUCUCUCGCAGUCAACAAUCUUUCACAAUGGCUGAUAAUAACUUAGCGAAGGUUUUCGCAAACGAGGACUUUAACCCGGAAAAAUUUGUCAAGGAACUCAGUGCACAGUGUGUGGGUGCCGAUGAAUUACGGCAACAGCGUGCAAGAAUACAAGAAUUAGCAAACAAUACGUCUGCUCAAUUGAAACGAAAUGUUUACCAAAACUAUAUGCAGUUUAUCGAGACUGCUAAGGAGAUCUCGCAUCUGGAAAGUGAGAUGUAUCAAUUGUCUCAACUUUUAAGCGAACAGCGGGCCUUGUUGAGCACACUAGGAUCCACCAGAACAGCGGGUGUUGUUUUCGAAGAGUUGUCUGAGUCUCAGCAAGAAAACUCCACUAAUUCUGUAUCCAAGGAAGAGGAACAGAAGCAGAAACUCAUUCAGCUAAUUGAAAAUGUAGAAGGCGCUCUGAGUUUAGCGGAGACUCCAGGACGCGUGUGUUUGCACGAAGGCUCUUUGCUUGAGUUAGAUCCACUCGAAGGAACACCGUUAAAGAGGAUUCACUCAUAUUUAUUCAAUGACGUUUUGAUGGUCGCUUCCUGGCUGGCAAACGGUGGCAGGCGUGGUCCGCCUAGGUACAAAAUGCAAGCAGUUUAUAAUUUAGAAAGUGUGGCGAUCGUCAAUGUGAGGGAUCACGGCACUGUGAAAUUGGCGUUUAAACUGCUAGCAUUUUCCGACACGAGGGUAUUCCAGUGCGCCACAGCGACAAGUAAAAAAGAGUGGCUGGACAAAUGUGAGCAAGCGAAAAGAGCGAAGCUGGCGGGAGAGAAUUCGACUGACUCGCCGGAUAACGAUAAGCAGCUGAAGGAGGACAAAGUAGCACCGUCUCGUUCGAUGUCUUUGGAUUCGAACACGUUAGGAAUGGAGGACGAUGAUGAUUCGGAGUAUCACGAACCGCCGCCGGAAUGGGUGCUAGAAGUAGCCGAGGAUCUGGAUUCCUGCAUAGCGCAACGCCACUUUGAGGAGGCUUACAGCUUACUGGAGAAAGCGAAGGCUUAUCUAAAGGACGCUCAACCGACACCGCUACUGACGGAGAUCCAAUCGAAGGUGAACGAGAGAGGUCGGUCGCUGGUCAACGUGCUGACCAAGGAACUGGAGUUGAGCGCGGAAGCGAAGUCGCUGCAAGGCGGCGGUUUGAGGAGUGCGCGACGCGCGGUCAAGCUUCUGAUACAGCUGAAUAGGAGCGCGCAAGCGUGCCAUUUGUAUCUACGAUUGUGCAGCGCGGUGCUGAAAGCGCGAUUGAAGAGGAUCAAGAAAGAGGGCACAACCGUUGCUUACGUGAAGCAGCUCAGCGCGAUCGCCUUUAGCAAUAUAGUGGAAAUAGCGAGGGAAUUCCUGAAAACCUUCCCCCAAUCUACAAAUUGCACUUCCGGCUUAGUUGUAUGGUGCAGCCAGGAAGUGAAACACUUGACGUCACACUUGGCUCAGCAGCUCUUUGUACCGCAAGUUACGCUAAGUACACUGGUAGAAUGCAUCGUUGCUGUUCGUAGUCACUGUGAUCAGUUAACUCAACUUGGCAUGGACUUUCGUUAUCAAUUAGACGGACAACUCAGAUCCCCGUUAGCUAAAGCGAUUCAAGACGCGGGAGAGAACUGCGCCGGCACGGUGAAACGCCAUGUGGCGGAAGACACAUGGCGACCGACUAAUCUGGAAACUAGUCAGAAUCUACAGAAGUUAUUAUCCGAGCUCGAUGAUUUCGGCAUCGGCUUACCACCGUCAUACGCGACGAACGACUGUUGGGUGCCGCUGACAUUUAAUACAUUAACUUUCUCCAAGAUCUAUGUCAGUCUGUUAGAAGAUUGCCUUAGCGUAGCCACGCCCGAGCUUAUGUCUACAAUUGAUAGCGUACUUGUGUCCGUGAUGCGGGUCGAAGUUCAACAUUUGAUUGUCUCGCUUACAGAUCCGAAGUUGAAGCAAGAGCGAAAAUUAGUACAAAAUAACGCAGCCUACGUGCGAGACGUUAUUAUCGCCCGGGGGCUGGAACUGUACAAAUCCACAACAAAUCAGAAGUUCACGAAGCUGCUUGUUCUAAAAGAGCAGAUCGUAUUCGAAUCUCUAUCGCCUACAAAGCCGAGACCAGCGCCGAGAACUUCAGUUCCUAAAUACUCCACCACGGAGUAUCUUUAACUGAGAUGAAGACGUCGUGUCGCUUGAUUUGUAGGCGAGGAAAACUGUUACAUGACAAAUGCUUACGCGUGUGCAUAUGUUGUGCGAGAUGAUGUAUUAUAUUUGUACAUACAAGACCGAGAGUCUUCGGUGUAGUAAAUACAACGUAUUAUAACGAAAUGGAAUAGAAGUGAACGGCAACACUUCUAACGCAGGUACACAUUAAUCGUAAUGCCAUCGUAGAACUUAUCUGUACCUCGUAGGAUACUUGAACAAACAAGUAAAUCAAGAAAUUUGAUAAAUCAGACUACCAUGCGACUUCCGUAACGGUGCGUAUAAUAAUGCAGUAAUUUGUAGUAAUGUUGUAACAUACCUAAUACGAUGUAUUAUUUACAGUUAAUUGGAUAUAGAUAAUUUAUGUACGCCUAUGAUUA